CAAAUUUACUGGAAUCAGGAUGAGUCUCGGUGGUGUAUAUCAGUGUGACGUUUGCCUGAGGAAUAACUCAGUGAGAUUGGUGCCUCUAGUGAACCACGAAAAAGUGCUGGCGCUUAAGCUGAUCAAGAACAGAAGAAAGUUGGUGUUACUUCUGCGAGAACCCACCUUCGCCUGUCUCCGCUGCUUCGGCAAGCUCUACAUGUUCAAGCUCUGCAUCCGCAACGUGCUGAUCACUCGCAAGAUAAAUGGGAACAUGCACAGCCAGUCCUCCUCCAAAGACAAGGACAGUUCGGACGACCAGCCCGAAGAGGGCGACGCGACAGAGCCCUGCCUGAACGACUACACCUGCCAGUGCACCACGUGUCAGGGCAAGUACGGCAGCCUGCCGCUGCUCCUCCAGGUCAUCGAGCAGAAAUCCCGCGAAGAAAAGACUGAACAGACACGGACCCGCUCGGAGGAGCCCCAGCCCUCCACGUCUAGUCAGGAGUCUGACCCCAAGUCCAGGAGGGUGCUAGUGUGCCAGUUCUGCGACAAGAGCUUCACCCACAGGGGCGACUACAACAAACACCUGAGGAAGCACACCAAGGAGCAGCCGUUCGAGUGUCCCGUCUGCAAGAGGAAGUUCGCACAUACCUCCAACUUGCAGAGGCACUACAGGCUGCACAGCGGCCACAGGCCUUUCGUCUGCGCUAACUGUGAUAAGACCUUCAGCAGGAAGGACAAGCUGGAGUGUCACAUGAGGAGUAAGUUUUGUAAGAAGAGCCAGUGUUCCUGAUAUUGUACCGUUAAGUAUGCCUGUAGUAUUUAUUUUUGUAAA